AUGGGGGUACUACAACCACGGGGACGUCGUGAUUCUCGCGCAUCUGCUCUGUCGCGCAAUUUACUCUUCGAUCGUGACACUCAGCCUACUGCCUCAGAGUCGGCAGUGGAACAUGCACACUUGGGGACCUCCCCCGGGCCAAUUGGAGUGUCAUCAAGCUACAACGGUUCAACAAUACGCACGCCAAACCGAUCCUUUUACCACCGAUCAAUGAACACGAAUAACAUGGGUGGGUCAUGGGAUUUCCCCGCUUCCGCGCGAUUUUUACUGACCAUUGGCCCGGCCGCAGAUCCGGCCCAGUAUGCUACAGAUGGUCUCCGUGACCAGACCGCCGAACUGGCGACAUACGGUCUCUCGUUAACGAAAAAGUCUCAUCUGCGAGAUGGUCCCGGCUUACCGCCCAGCCUGGAUAUAUUUCACGGCACCCAAUCUGCGCCGCAUUCCCAGGAUGAGCCUACGAGUUCGGGUGCUGCUGGGGAGGCUCUGCUGGAGCCGAGAUAUGCUUCGCUGGAUCCUGCAUCGGCUUCUUCGGCCUUGACAGAGAUGAUUCGUCGCCCCUCGGAGGUUGUGGUGGAGGAUCAGCUCUCGCAGCCAGGCACAAAUGAAAUCACGCAGUUUCCGCCCCCACCCACGGUCCUCGAGGACGCCGAGCCGGACACAGAACACACCUCGUUGCUAUCCAAGUCGCGAUCCAAAUCUACCCAGAAUUAUGGCUCUUCGGAUGUGGAGAACCAGAGAGUACCGAUCAUACGAUCCCCAACCGCUCUCGACAAGGGUAUUUCCUCUCUGGCUCAGUGCUCUCGCACUUUAGCGAAUCCCAAAUCCUGGAAUGGACGCGCCAUAUGGGACCAGGCGGUGGCUUAUCCAGCUAGUUUGGUCCCUGCGGUGCUGUUGGGUUUGCUCCUCAAUAUCCUCGAUGCCUUGUCGUACGGAAUGAUCCUGUUUCCGCUGGGCGAACCCUUGUUCGCACAUCUCGGUACCGAUGGUAUCUCCAUGUUCUAUGUCAGCACCAUCAUAUCACAGGUGGUCUUCUCUAGUGGUGGCUCAAUCUUCAAGGGAGGAAUAGGAAGUGAGAUGAUUGAAGUAGUGCCAUUCUUCCACCAGAUGGCUUUCACCAUCAUGAACUCCAUCGGCAAAGACAACCCGAAGUCAGUGAUUGCGACGACUAUCCUUGCCUUCUCUGUCAGCUCCAUUCUCACUGGCUUGGUGUUCUUCCUGAUGGGUGUAUGUGGACUGGGCUCGCUCAUUGGCUUCUUCCCCCGCCACAUCCUCAUCGGAUGCAUUGGUGGCGUGGGUUACUUCCUGCUUCAAACGGGCGUGGAGGUGUCUGCUCGCUUGCCCGGGUCUUUGGAGUACAACCUCCCCACACUGCAGAAACUCUUCCAGCUUGAUACUCUCCCACUUUGGAUGAUACCAUUGGCUCUUGCGGUUGCGCUUUUGGUUUUGAAGCACUUCGUUCGCUCCAACUUUUUGGUUGGCGGCUAUUUCAUCGCAGUGGCUGCGGUAUUCUACAUCGUCGUAUUGAGCGCCCAAAUCUCCAUGGAUUCUUUGCACCAUACUGGGUGGGUCUUCGAUGCCCCAGCGUCAAAUAACCCAUGGUACCAUUUCUAUACGCUUUAUGAUCUUUCAGAGGUCAAUUGGACCGCCUUUGGCGAGACCAUUCCCGCGAUGUUUGCGUUGACCUUCUUUGGCGUGCUACAUGUUCCUAUCAAUGUUCCCGCCCUUGGUAUAUCCACCGGCGAGGACAAUCUUAACGUUGACAGGGAACUUGUGGCCCACGGUGUGACGAAUGCCCUUUCAGGGUGUGUGGGAAGUAUCCAGAACUAUCUCGUCUACACAAACAGUCUGCUGUUCAUUGCUAGCGGUGGAUCAUCGCGUUUGGCAGGGUUGAUGUUGGCUGCAGCCACAGCGGGCAUCAUGGUUAUUGGCCCGGUCAUCAUCGGCUAUAUCCCCAUCAUGGUAGUUGGUGCGCUGAUCUUCUUGCUAGGCAUUGAAUUGCUGCAAGAGGCAUUGGUAGACACCUGGGGAAAGCUGACCCGUCUGGAAUACUUGACUGUUGUCAUCAUCGUCGUGACAAUGGGUGCCUUGGACUUUGUCGUUGGAAUCUUCGUUGGAAUCAUCUUGGCCUGCGUGAACUUUGUAGUUCAGACAUCUCAGAAGUCUGCCAUCCGAGCAACCUACUCUGGUGAAAUCGCGGGUUCCACAGUUCGGCGUCCCCCCAUCCAGCAGCAAUUCCUCCGCGAAGCUGGACAGCAGACCCUGAUGCUCAAGCUGGGAGGGUAUCUCUUCUUCGGAACCAUCGUCAACGUGGAAAAUACCAUGCGUGGCUUGAUCGAAGAUGACGCUUUCGACCGACGACCAAUUCGCUUCCUUAUUCUCGACUUCUCGCGUGUCUAUGGUAUCGAUUUCUCGGCCGCCGAAGCCUUCACGCGCAUCAACCGUGUCCUCCGAAAGCGCAACGUGCAGACAGCUAUUUCCGGUCUGAACGUCGAAGGCGAUGUAGGCAAGUCUCUACAAAAUGUAGGACUCUUUGAGCCAGAAUCCGGCGUCCCCAUCUUCGAAGACCUCAAUUCGGCUCUUGAAUUCUGCGAAAACGACUACCUCAAAGUCUUCUACAAUCGCCAAGAAGCACUCACCACCCCUACCGACCCAACCGCCAGCGACAGCGAGGGCUCCCUCCACCUGCCCGUCCCCGUCCCCACACAGCCAACAGUCCUCCCCGAUAACAUCGUCAGCUCACCCCGUCGCCAACACCUCCAGCGCGUAGCAACAUCCACAAUCCAAGCCCACGAAACAACCAUGAUGAUCUCCCCCGCCUGGUCCGCUAUGCGCCAACCUCUCCCCCUCCUCCUCCAAACUUUCCAAGGCCUCUCCUCCCAAAACGAAGACUUUUGGUUCCCCGCCUGCGCCUACUUCUCCUGCGAAUCCUACCCCGCGGGCACAGUCUUAUACCACGAAGGCGAUGCCCCACGCGCCUUCUACCUCCUCGAAUCAGGGAUGCUGCGCGCAGGCUACGAUCUCCCACAGGGUCGCUACUUCGAGCUCAUCGUCGCCGGCCGUCCAUGUGGUGAACUGCCAUUCUUCAGCGAUACACGCCGCACUGCCACCGUCAAGGCUGAGCGUGAUUCCGUGGCUUGGUGUUUGACUGGUGAUCAGUGGAAGAUAUUACAAGAGAAGGAACCGCGUAUUGCGCGGGAGCUGCUUACUGUCAGUUUGAAGUUGACUACGGAGCGCAUGGAUAGUAUUACGUCGUAUGUGUUGACGAUGGCGGCGUGA